AUUGAAGAGAUUAAGUAGUUGGUGGCCAUAUUAUUGCCUUCCCGUUGCUCUUAUCAACGAACUGUGCUGUGAUCGAAUAGUCUGAAUUUUAACAAAUUGUGUUUUUAUUACGGAAAAUUAUUUAUCCAAUAAAGAAAUAACAAUGUCAAACGAUGUAAAUAUGCAAUCUGAUAAGCCCGAUGAGGAAGAAAUUGUCGAUAAAGCUGAGGAAGAAGAGGGCAAAUCAUCUGUUGACCUGCAUGCGCAAGAAAGCGGCCCUGUUUAUGGUGGCUGUGAAGGACCAAAUGCAAUGUAUGUAAAAUUGGUUAGCAGCGAUGGUCAUGAGUUUAUUGUGAAACGAGAACAUGCAUUAACAAGUGGAACGAUCAAGGCUAUGCUUAGUGGCCCUGGUCAAUUUGCAGAGAAUGAAGCCAAUGAAGUUAAUUUUCGUGAAAUUCCAUCUCACGUACUUCAAAAAGUCUGUAUGUAUUUUACUUACAAAGUUCGUUAUACGAAUAGUAGCACAGAAAUUCCAGAAUUUCCAAUUGCACCUGAAAUUGCGCUAGAACUAUUAAUGGCUGGAAAUUUUUUAGAUUGUUAAAUAUAAUACUAAACCUUGCAGUGCUUUAUUUUUAAAUGGCAAAUUUCGUUUUUUCUAUUACUAUUAUUUAUCAUUAAAGUGAUUAUACUUUUUUCUGAAAAAAUUUAACACCUAAAUAAUAACAUUAAUGACAAAGUCUAACACUCAGGAGUCAUAAACAUUUUUGGUUAAUAAUAAUAUGAUUUACUUCUACGAAAAAGACACAAGGUGCAUCGAAAAUUAUCUACUUAUGAAUGAUCAAUGAUUAUAUGUAAUUUAUUAUGUAAUUUUAUAUCAAUAUUCUGUUUAAUUUUGUUAGAACUAGGGUUUUAUGGAAGAAAAAAAUAUAUUUGUUUUUUUUUGUCUAACAUAUUAUUUGAAGACAACCAGAAAUGUUUUAACGUUUAGUGAUAUAAAUAUUUAAAUAGCAGAAUGUAUUUAAACAUGCAAUUCAACAGAAAAGUAUUGUCUGUAAAUAACGAUAUAUUGCGGCAAAAAAAUACGAUGGAUCAAAUAAUUUGCAUUGUUUGUAAUUUUUAUUGCGGAUCUAAGAGAGAGAGAGAAAGAGAUAGAAAUAAUUAGGCAGAUUCUCAAAUCACAGAAUUCUCAUCAUUUAUUACAUUCUGUAUAGUAACAAAUUAUAUUUUUUGUUAAAUAUAAGUAAACUAUUUAUUCUUGGACUAAAAUAUAUUAAACAGCGAUAAGAACAUCCUACAGUUUUAUCAGAAAGUUUAUCUUACUUUGUUUUUAAAUGACAAUGUCGAAAUUCUAGAUUAAGUUAAAAAAUGAUUUUUAUAGAAAAUAAGUUAGCUAUUAUAUGCAAAUGUGUUAAAUCUUAUUUUGUCUAAUAGAAAAUCAAAUAUUGUUUUUGACAUCUAUAUACAAAAAAUAUACGGAAAUCUAAGAUAAAUGAAACAGCUAAGUGCAUUAAAAUAGUAUGUUAAUGUUGGUGCAUAAUUAUUUAUAAGUACUUCAUAAUAAUUGUGUAAAAACAUGUGUUAAAGCAUAGAACUAUAGAGAUACUAAAUUUUCACUUUCUUACAUUUUAACAUCUUUUAUUUGCAUAGAAAUGUGAACACCAAUGAUCAUGAUUCAUAUAAUUAAACUGUGGACUUUAAUUUUACAAU